AUGGCGCCCAACGACAAAGCGGGCCGGGUUGUUUUCAUCGGGAACAUUCCCUACGGCGGCACUGAGGAGCUCAUUAUCGAAACACUGGGGCGCGUCGGACAGGUCAAUAACUUUCGCUUGGUCUACGACAAGGAAACAGGCCGACCCAAGGGCUUUGGUUUCGCAGAAUUCGCCGAUGCCGACGCAGCAGCCUCCGCCGUGCGCAACCUUAACGAUUAUGAUCUGAUGGGAAGGAAACUGAGGGUCGACUGGUCAAACGAGAGCGGUUCUGGUGACAACGCGCCCUCGACUCGAGACGCCCAACCACCCAUGAACGGACAAGCACCAGCCCCAGCACCGGCGCAACAGUCGAGUGCCCUGGGCCCUCUCCCGCCUGGCGUCGAACUGCCACCCACGCUCACCUGCCCCGACGCCAUUUCGCGCACGCUCUCUACACUGCCUCCAGAGCAGCUCCUCGACAUUCUCUCCCAGAUGAAGGGCCUGGUCAUGACGGAUCCCUCCAAGGCCACGGAGCUGCUGCGACAGGCCCCCCAGCUUGCCUACGCCAUCUUUCAGUCGCUCCUUCUUCUGCAGCUUGUCGACCCGCAGAUUCUCGGUUCGCUCGUCGAGACAUCGGCUGCUCCUGCUCCGGUCGCGCAAGCCCCGCCGGUACAACAGCAACUUCCGCCAGUUGCCCGACCGCCGGUAAACUACCCCGUAUACCCACCGCAGCCUGUCCCUACACCGCAGCAGGUCCAACAAUCCACACCGCAGCCAUACGCACAAGCUCCUCCACAACAGCAACAGCAGCCGCCUGCUAUGGACCAGUCAGCUUUGUAUGCCCAGGUCAUGGCUUUGACGCCCCAGCAGAUUGACCAGUUGACGCCCGAGUACCGCGCGCAGAUUAUGCAGAUUCGACAGAUGUUAAUGUCUGGCGGACGGCCGUAG